CUCAUGGAGAAUAAUACAGAAGUGAUGGAUUUCUUCCUGGUGGGUCUGACCGAUAACCCAGAACUUCAAAUUCCGCUUUUUAUUGUGUUCACCCUCAUUUACCUCAUCAGUGUUUUGGGGAACCUGGGCAUGAUGGCGCUGAUUCUCUUGGACUCCCAUCUCCACACCCCCAUGUACUUUUUCCUCAGUAAUCUGUCUUUGGUGGACUUUGGUUACUCUACGGCUGUCACUCCCAAGGUCAUGGCUGGAUUACUCAUAGGAGACAAGGUCAUCUCCUACAAUGCGUGCGCUGCUCAAAUGUUCUCCUUUGUGGCCUUUGCAACUGUGGAAAGUUACCUCUUAUCCUCAAUGGCUUAUGACCGCUACGCGGCCGUGUGCAAACCCCUCCAUUACACCAGCACCAUGACAACAGGUGUCUGUGCCUGUCUGACAAUAGGCUGCUAUGUCUGUGGCUUCCUGAAUGCCUCCAUUCAUGUUGGAAACACAUUCAGUCUUUCUUUCUGUAAGUCCAAUCUGGUCCAUCACUUUUUCUGUGAUAUCGCAGCUGUCAUGGCUCUCUCUUGCUCUGAUAAUCACGUUAGUGAGGUGGUUCUUGUGUAUGUGUCAAGCUUUAAUGUCUUUUUCGCUCUUUUGGUUAUAAUCAUAUCCUACCUAUUCCUAUUUAUAACCAUCUUGAAGAUGCAGUCAGCUCAAGGGCACCAAAAGGCUUUGUCCACCUGUGCUUCUCACCUCUCUGCAGUGUCCAUCUUCUAUGGGACAAUCAUCUUCAUGUACUUACAGCCCAGCUCCAGCCAUUCCAUGGACACAGACAAAAUCGCAUCCAUGUUCUACACUAUGGUCAUCCCCAUGCUGAACCCUGUGGUCUACAGCCUGAGGAACAAAGACGUCAAGAAUGCUUUCAAGAAAGUUUCGGACAAGGCAAAAUCAUCUCUAGGAUUGGAAUUUUAA